AAAAAAGUCUAAACCUUAGACCGUUGAAAAAAAAAACAUAAACGCUGAACCUUGACUCCUUGAGAAUGAGUGUAGAAAAUAAUCUGGGUGAGGUGAAGUAGGUAGCAGAAGGCGAUGAGAAAUGAAAUGAAUUCACAAACAAGAAAAUUGAUGUGACAAAAUCAAAACCACAAGACAGACAAGAAAAUGGUGUUGAACACUCAGGUUGUUGUUCGAGUUGCACGUGUGUCUGCACAAACGUGGCAAUGGUUGUCUUGCAUUCAUGAUCCAAUAAACAGUGAUCAGCUUUUGGAUCUUCUUUUUUGUUUCCCUCUUCAUCAACUUGGUCGUCUUACUCUUUGUCUUUGUUCUUUCUUCUGUCUUCCUCAACCUUAUUCCUUUUACUCUUCUUAUCUUCUUUCUGACUCUCAGUUUGAUUCUGAUUCUGAUUCUGAUGAUGCUUCUGGUUCUUCAACCUCUACUCUUCAUCUUGAACAUGAUUAUUAUUAUCACUCCCAUUCUGAUUGAAUUUGCCUGCUAAUUAUCCUCAUGAAGUGAUGUGACAUUUGGAUGAUGGACACAACACAAGUGAUCCCCAAUUGCAUUAUCUGAUAUUUCAUUCUAUCCAAUAUCUUCUUUCUAAUGGAUGACAUUGAGAACUCUGGUGUUUUUAAACUGCCUCCAUUGUAUAAAAGCAUCUUUUACUCUGAUUCUUGUAGGUGAUCAAUUUUAUAUCCUUGUAAAGAGCAAUUUGUGAGUCUGUCAAUAAAUUACAAUGUGCUGAGCGGUGAUAUAAAUUACUUUUAUUCAGAAACUUUGUAUACUACUUCAAUUUCAUCACAUAUUUAUGAAA